AUGGAGGUGUCGCCGCCGCUGCUGUACCGCCUGCAGCACCACUACAACUCACACUACGACAAGUUUGGAGACUUUGUGUGGCGCAGCGAGGACGAGCUGGGGCCCAGCUCGUGGUCCCUCCUGGUCCCUCCUGGUCCCCUCUGGUCUUCUACUGAAGUCAAGUCCACAUAUCCUGAGAGACCGAUGGUGCUGAUUCCUGGUUGUGCUGUGAUUGGUAACGGCCUGUGGGAGGAGGCCAGUCUGGAGCGGGACAAACAGGCAGGACCGGGGUGGACCGGGGUGGACCGGGGUGGACUGGGGGUGGUCGUGGGCUGGUGUGUUUGUGCUGUUUGUGUGGGCAGCUGUGAGGGAGGGGGUGAGGGGCUUUUGGAUGAGCGAGCAGGGGUUAUUUACUGCCUCCCGUUGGCAGCGCUGAGCCUCAUUGGGGUAAUUUACAAGGCAGCUCUAUUGGUGGUUCCUUUUAAAAGGGAAGAGAACGGCCAAGUGAAACGUAAGCAGACUGGGUCCUGCCAGCGCCCGAGGAUCCUGGAGGCCCCGAACCUGGCCUCCGUCAUCGCACAAUCACUUUUCCUGCUGAUGGCCUCGGAGGUGAUGGAGGAGGUGAUGGAGGUGAUGGAGGAGGUGAUGGAGGAAGUGAUGGAGAAGGUGAUGGAGGAGGUGAUGGAGGAGGUGCUGGUGGAGGUGAUGGAGGAGGUGAUGGAGGAGGUGAUGGAGGAGGUGAUGGAAGAGGUGCUGGAGGAGGUGAUGAGGAGGUGA